GCCCGGGGCUCAAUGGGAGCCGGCGGGCGCGCGCCGGCGGGAGCGCGCGAGCCGGCGCAGCGGGGGGGCGGGCGGCAGGGCGGAGAGGCGGCGGCGGCGGCGCGAGAGCCAGAGCCUGAGCCGGCGGCGAGCCGAGCGGAGCGGAGCGCGGCGGCGGCGGCUGGGCCGGGAGAGGCUGGCGCCGGGGCGGCUCGCGAAUCCUCCGGCAUCCGCCCCGGCGGGCCGCCCCGGCCCGCGGCAGCCCCCGGAGCACCGGCCCGGCACCCGCGCCUUCCCGUCGGGCAAGAGUGAAUCAUGGAGCUACGCGUGGGGAAUAAGUACCGCCUGGGACGGAAGAUCGGGAGUGGGUCCUUUGGAGAUAUCUACCUGGGUGCCAACAUCGCCUCUGGUGAAGAAGUUGCUAUCAAGCUCGAGUGUGUGAAGACAAAGCACCCCCAGCUGCAUAUCGAGAGCAAGUUCUACAAGAUGAUGCAGGGGGGAGUGGGGAUCCCGUCCAUCAAGUGGUGUGGCGCCGAGGGCGACUACAACGUGAUGGUCAUGGAGCUGUUGGGGCCUAGCCUCGAGGACCUUUUCAACUUCUGCUCCCGAAAGUUCAGCCUCAAGACGGUGCUGCUCCUGGCCGACCAGAUGAUCAGCCGCAUAGAGUACAUCCACUCCAAGAACUUCAUCCACCGGGACGUCAAACCCGACAACUUCCUCAUGGGGCUAGGGAAGAAGGGCAACCUGGUCUACAUCAUCGACUUUGGCCUGGCCAAGAAGUACCGGGACGCCCGAACCCACCAGCACAUCCCCUACCGGGAAAACAAGAACCUGACUGGCACUGCCCGCUAUGCCUCCAUCAACACCCACCUGGGCAUCGAGCAAAGCCGUCGAGAUGACCUGGAGAGUCUGGGCUACGUGCUCAUGUACUUCAACCUGGGCUCGCUGCCCUGGCAGGGCCUCAAAGCAGCCACCAAGCGCCAGAAGUACGAGCGGAUCAGUGAGAAGAAGAUGUCAACACCCAUUGAAGUCCUCUGCAAAGGCUACCCCUCCGAGUUCUCAACAUACCUCAACUUCUGCCGCUCCCUGCGGUUCGACGACAAGCCCGACUACUCCUACCUGCGCCAGCUCUUCCGCAACCUCUUCCACCGGCAGGGCUUCUCCUACGACUAUGUCUUCGACUGGAACAUGCUCAAAUUCGGUGCAUCCCGGAACCCCGAGGACGUGGACCGGGAGCGGCGAGAACACGAGCGCGAGGAGAGGAUGGGGCAGCUGCGUGGGUCCGCGACCCGGGCCCUGCCCCCUGGCCCCCCUACGGGGGCCGCCGCCAACCGGCUCCGCACUGCAGCCGAGCCUGUGGCCUCCACCCCAGCCUCCCGCAUCCAGCAAGCUGGCAAUACGUCUCCCAGAGCGAUCUCACGGGUCGACCGGGAGAGGAAGGUGAGUAUGAGGCUGCACAGGGGCGCGCCUGCCAACGUCUCGUCCUCAGACCUCACUGGGCGGCAAGAGGUCUCCCGGAUCCCAGCCUCACAGACAAGCGUGCCAUUUGACCAUCUUGGGAAGUGAGGAAUGCCACCAUCGGACCAGUGUUUGCUUAGUGUCUUCACUGUAUUUUCUUUUUAAAAAAACAACAACAACAAAAAAGAUGGAAAAAAAACCACUCAAAAGAAAAAAACCCAGCACAAAACCGACGAUGGAUUUUGUUUCUUUGAUUUUUUGCCAAUGGCGAGAAGACGGGAUGCCCUUUGCACCGAGGGUCCUUGCUCCCUGGCGGCACGGGCUGCCCAGCCAACACUCUCCCACGACCCUGGGCCGCGGGAGCCGGCCGCCAAGUCCCUGCCCCAACCACCAGUUCCCCGCCGCCCGCACCUGCUGGGAGAGGAACACCUCAGUGCUGCCACCGGUCCUCGCCGGUCCUCGCGCCGUCAGAGGUGGCCGGAGGAGUCGCGUCGGGAAGCGAGGUGGUCAGCGGAAAGCAGGUCCCACUGGAUUUCGUGAGCCGCAGAAGCGAGGAGACAUGCACAGCCCCCACCUCUCCUGAGAUGACAGCGGCCGACUUCUGUGUUGGGCUUUUCCCCGUGUCUCUGGGUCCCCCGUGCCUCUCCGCGGAGACCUUGCGUGGGUGGGGAGGUCAUGGGGGCCAAGGUGCCUCGUGUGCACAGCUGUAUUUGACCUGCCUUCCCCAGGGCAGCGGGUGCCACGUCCCGCCCCACUUCCCGGGCCGAAUUCCUUUCUCCAUGUCCCCUGACAAGGACAUGGGGCGGGUAGUGACGUCAACAUCCCUCAGAGCACAGAGGGUCCUCACCACCCCGGUCCCCCCAGUCUGUCAUCAGCCUGUGGCAGCCCUGUCACCUGUUCCUGGUCUUAGGGCAGAAUCCAUGGAGACUACUUCUAGAAACAUCUGGCUCUGGGUUAUAAAUUACUCCCCUGGUUCUGAUAGUCACCUGGGGCCCCUCUCCCUGGGUUCCACCUUUCCGAGGAGGACCCGGGUCAGGGCUGAGUGUUGGAUUUACCCAUCCUUCCUAGUUAACUCCUGGUUUUGUUCUUAUUUUUGUUUUCUCCAUGUGUGUUUCCUAAUUUAUUUACCUCUGUUUCCCUUUUCCUUUUUUUUUUUUUUAAUUAAAGAGCAAAGGUUUUUAUUACUUUGUAAUUUAAAAAACUGAAAAAAAAAUACUGAAGAACUUUGGGGGGAAUUUUGUACUUUUUUCCUGUGUAAAUAUUGGACUUUUUUGAGCUUUAUCGUGGUUGUUAAUUUGAAGUAAUAAAGUAGAAAAGGAUAAAGUGA